AUGCAGUCAGACAAGUACCGUUCUCCUGGCAACCGCCAAACCCAGACUCUUCCAUCAGAUUGCCAGAUGGAGAAGCAUGAUUCGUCACUCCAGAGAAUGUGCCUCCACCGCUCUAGAGUCCAGUGGUGUCAGGAUGACAGCUGACUGAGCGGUCAGCAGGCAGAGAUGAGUGAGCCCACAUGGCUAGAAGCAGAUCUGGGAGCAGUGUCAGACCUGAGCCCUACAAACCGUAGUAAAAAGAUGCACCAUAGUCCUCGGAACUCCCACAACAAAGAGGAUGAUGAUGAUUCUUCAUCAGAGAGUGCUGGUGGGAUUGGCCUACCUGUCCUGACCCCUCCAUCCUCUGCGGUGACGGAUGAUGCCAUCAUCAGUGAAACAAAUGUUAUCAAUGGCAGUAGUGGUUCUGCCCCACUUGACUUCAGCAGACUAUCUUCCUCUUCCUCGUCAUCUGAAGACCAGCAGCUUGUGAACCUGAGUGAUCCGUCCUCUCAGCGCCUGUCCACUUCACAUUUGCCCAUCACUGUUUCAGCAGCAGCUGCUGCUCUGCUUGGAGCUCUACAUCCCAGUGUGCCAGAGGAGCUCCACAGGAAGUACUCACUGACUGCCAAACAUGCAGCCCUGUCUUUACCCCAUGUGCACAGUACUCACAUCCACAAUCCACACACUCACAACACAGGUCUUCGACUGGAUCAGGACAGCAGGGACUAUGGGAGCAAGUCUCCAGAGUACAGUUCAAGUGGCAGCUACGAUAGCAUGAAGAUGGACUUGUGUGCUGAGGACCUGACGACGGGGCGCCAUGGCAGUCAGGUUGCCCCUGACGAUGACGAGGAUGACCAUGACGAUCAUGACGACAACGACAAAAUCAACGACACCGAAGGUGUUGAUCCUGAGAGAUUAAAGGCCUUCAAUAUGUUCGUGCGCCUGUUUGUGGAUGAGAACUUGGAUCGGAUGGUACCCAUCUCCAAACAGCCCAAGGAGAAAAUCCAAGCCAUUAUUGAGUCCUGCAGCAGACAGUUCCCAGAAUUUCAGGAACGCGCUCGUAAGCGCAUCCGCACCUACCUCAAAUCCUGCCGACGCAUGAAAAAGAAUGGCAUGGAGACCCGGCCAACUCCACCUCACCUCACCUCAGCCAUGGCUGAGAACAUCCUGGCUGCUGCCUGUGAGAGUGAAUCCCGCAAUGCUGCAAAAAGGAUGCGCCUUGAAACCUACCAGGAUGAGCAGGUCUCUCUGGAGAAGUUGACCAGCAGUGGUGGUGCACAGAGAGAGCCGGUGUCCCUCGCUCAUUCUGCCUACUCCUUAGCUGCUUCAGCCUUUUCUUCCCAGGACACACAACUCUACAUCAACAGAUCCGGCCUCAGUUAUGGUUACCGUGCAUAUCCAGGCCCAGGUGCCACCAUUCAACACCCCGUAUCCCUGACAACAGGCUUUGCUGCUCCAAGCAAUGGCCCCACAGACCUCAGCAUGAAGUCUGUUUCCUCCACCAACAUCAGUAACUCUUCCUCUUCCAUCAUCACCAACAAUCUGAGUGGGCGGGGCAGCGGGGCCAGUGGAGGGGGCGGAGCCUCAGCACAGCUCAGCCAACCAGAGGUUUCAGCCGUCCGUCAGCUGAUUGCCGGCUAUCGGGAGUCGGCUGCCUUUCUGCUCAGAUCAGCUGAUGAGCUGGAAAAUCUCAUCCUGCAGCAGAACUAAACACAGAACACACACAUUCACAAAUACAUUGGUGUGUGUGUGUGUGCAUAUGUGUGUGUGUGCGCGUGUAGGUCUGUUUUCCUCUAUUUUCUCUGCUGAGUGUUCGGCCACUAAAACCUUUCUUUGGUGAGAAUUUGUGAACAGAACCGAGGCAACAA